AUGGAAAACUUGCGAAGGGAAUUGAUAAACAAAAUAAUGACUUCGUGCCAAGAACGAAACGUACGUGCGACUGAAGAUCUCGUUUCCUUUUCGUUCACCUUGUUUCGAUUAAAUCCUAUGUACGAGAUUAAAGUGGACGACGAGGAAAACAACGAAAAAAUUGUUCGGGCGAUAAUUGACAAAAUAUGCGACCAAGAAAAACCAAGCCUGACGACACUGAAGAGUCAAUUAUAUUUUGCGAAACAUUAUCGAAAUAGAGACGAUACCAUUAAGCGGCAUAGGCUACGUUUACACCAGAAAACUGGCCCAAUUGUUGCGGAAAUUUGUCAAACUGAGAAGAUCGCUAAUAAACAAGAAUGUGAAAAGUUAUAUCAAAAGAUGUUGGUAGUCAUUACAUUUUUGAGCGGUCUUGGGAAUCCCACAAUAUCUUUCGUACUCAGAGAGGUUUCAGUAGCAUUGCAAAGCGUUUUCCAACCUUCAGAACUGGAGCAAUACGUAAAAAUGUCGAAACGCGAGAAAGAAGAGCAAUUAAUGGAAUUAAUGUGCAUCGUCGCCGGGAUACGUUUGUUUAACAGAGAUUGUCAACGUGGUGGAGAAGGCAUAGACGAUCUGCCAGCCAUUUUGCAAAAAGCUAUCAAAGAAACUCGAGACUCUAUCAUGGAAUUUUUAGAACGUUUAAUGACGAAAAUAUAUAGAUUCACUGCUGUCGUCGAGAAGAUUUGCUAUGUCAGAGAAAUAAUACCAUUUGGCGUUCUUACAAAAGAAAAUGUUAACUGGGCAAUCGAAAUGUUGACGGCAUGCCGACAGCAAGAAAUUUAUGUCAGGAAGCUGCUGAGCGAUGUGGCACAUGGCGAAGAAGAGAUUGCAAGCUCUAUGGAACGACUCCAAGGACGUUUGUUUAAGCUUCACGACACCGUGAGAUACAGGACUGCUAUUCCAACUGUUCAAGUAUACCCGCAAUUCAUCGAUUUGGCUGAUAUCUGGAUGGGACUUCAGGACGAAGUGAUUAUAUUGAGCAGCAUUAACAAUUUCCUUUGGGAAUUUCAAACUUUGGGUACCAAGACCGUGAACGUGUAUAACGAACCAUUAUUGAGCGACAUGCUGUCUAGCGAAGAAGUGCUCACAGAUGCUGAGAGAUUAGAAAAAUCAAUGGGCGAACUAAUAGUCGACUGCGGCGAGUGCACUAUUUACUACCCCAACGAAACCAAAGAUUUCGAGAACAUAAAUUUAGAGUUUCUAGGAUUUUGCGCGUGGAAGUUUGUCAGUGGAAAUGGAGCAUUGGUCCCGGGAAAUCCGAACAAUGGUGUCGCUAAAUGGAGAGGAAAAUAUUACGUGUUUAGCACGAUUAAGGCAGCCCAAAAAUUCGGACAAAAUCCUGACAGAUGCAUCUACGAAGCUCUUGAUUUCAUACGUAAUCAUCUUGAAUACGUGUACUUGUUCCAAGUACACGAUGAUGUUCGAGCUCUACAAACGCAGGAAGUGUUAUCGGAAGAAGGACCUGAAUUAAAGACGUGUCAACAUCAAAUGGUUCAAACAGAUUUACACAUACUGCCAAAUUUUAUCGAUAAGAAUUAUUCUUCGAAUAUCUGGGAAUUAAGAAACAAAGCGUUGCAUUUAGCGAGUAUAAGCCGAUACACGACACGCAGCACGCAAACGUACAAGUCCAACUUCCGAAGCGGUAUUUACGUGCAAGCAGCUCCGCCACGGGAUAAAGAAGUUCAAACGAGAAGAGAUAAUUAUAUGAAUACGAAGAAACUCUUAACUUACAUCUUCGGUCUACGAGGAAGGCGCGAUGACAAUCAACACGUAGUAUCUUUCUUGGAGAAAGAACUGGAACAUUUAUAAGUACCUAUUUUUCACAUUAGCCACAAAGGACGAACUUGGAUAGGACUAUUCGAGGAUA